UGAACCGGAGGAACAUUUCUCUCAACCUUGGGCGCUAAGAAAGGUCCUCCUCCUCCUCUGUCUUCGUCGUCUUUCCUUUUGUUUCUGAGUUUGCCCUCCUAAAACCAACCGAAAUUAUCGCCCAAAACAAAUAUCCAAUCUUCCAUUUCUUCUUCUUCACAUAUCACAAAUUUCAAUUAAGGUUUCACAUUAAGCUUUAUCAAAAUUUCUAAGUACAUGCAUACACAUGUUUAUAUAUAACCUCUCUCUCUCCUCAUCUGUUUCGGAAUUUUGAUUUCCCGGGAAGGUUUCAAACCCGAUCGUUUCGUCGGAAGUCCCGAAAGCUUUUUGAGAACGGGAGAAUCAGCAAUGGAAUAAGACAUUCCAGAAUAUUAUGAUAUAAAUUACUUUUAAAAUUCGCUGGCUCAUUUGCCUGAAAGCUGGUUCAGAGGGAGGGGGAGAGAGAGAUGGACGAAGAAAUGGUGGAGUUCGUUAGGGAGGCUUUCGAGGGGGGAGAAAUUGACAUGGACCAUGAAUUUGAUGCGCCCAAGUUCUAUGAUUUCACCCAGCCGGAGACUGGUCGGGAGGCCGAGGAGGCGGAGGAAUGGUUCCUGUCAGCAGGAGAUUAUCAGCCCUCGCCUUUCCUUGAAAAAUUGUUGAAUUGGCAAAAAGGGAUUCAUCCGGAACCUGUAAAAAACUCCGCCGAACCAAAAGACGUUGAAGAAGUUGAAGUUAUCAGCUGUAUUGACUCAAAUAAUUGCAUGGAAGCGGAGGUCUCUGUAGUAGUAGACGAUAAUAUUAGAGAACUCCCUAUUCACAUGGCUCAAGACACUCCAAGCGCUAAACCAAAGUCCCCGGGCAAGUCACCACCUCUAUCAAGGAGUUCAACGCUAACGAAACCCACGGCAAGUCAGCUGACCAAGCAAAAUCACCACCGAGAAGUUCACUCCAACCAGUUAUUACGGAGAGUGGCGAAAAAGCUCGGGAAACUUGAUAAGAAAUUGUUGGAUAUAAGUCAACAAUCUGUGAUUUAAAUAUAUAUAUGCUAAUAAACAAUAAAUGCAAUAGGAAUUAACAGAAUAUAAACUAGAAUACGAAUUAUAAAAACAGACAACUUGAAGAUCGAGGCUUGCGUACCGCAAUGUCCUUGAAACAGAAAUUUCGUCCCUACUCAGUGCUUGUAGUUCUACGGACGUCUGCUUCACCAGGAUUCAACGAUAUAAGUCAGAAAUUCCAGCACCGGAAAAUUGACUUCUGGCGAAUAUUAAUGUGGUUCUCUCAUAAAGGAUAUUUAUGAUUGCAGGAGAAGAUUUAUGAUUUUUAUGUUUUCUAAAUGUCAUGCAGAUGGAUGUAUAUAUAAUGUGAUUAUACCUGUUCGCAACAGGUAUGAGAAAGGGAUGCAUCUGU